CACCGAGGGUUGCAGAUCUCCUCCCCUAGCCUCUCCCAGUCUUUUGUACUUUCUCUGCUAAUCCAUCCAGUGCAGCAUACACUGACAGAGGCAGGAGCUGGAAAGCCUGCUCUGAAAACCUCUGAAUGCUGCUGGACCAGCUGCAGCAACAUGAACAUGAAAACGGUGCUCAUCCUCCUCGGUCUGGCCUUAGCCACAAUAUUCGCCCUGGUSUGCGUGUUGCUGACCAGAGGAARGASCCCCAGCCCGUGCCAGCAGCUGCCCCCRGAGCAGGAGGACACRGAGGAUGGCCAGAGCCUGGUGUUUGCUGACCUGAGCCCYGAGGAGAUGUCCCAGGUGGUUCGGUACCUGCAGGGCAGCCUCGGGGUGCCGCUGGUGGACGCCUCUCGCGCCAAACCCUCGGACAACUGCAUCGCCUCGCUGGAUCUGCAGGUGCCCGCCAAGGCRGAGGCGCUGCGGUUCCUGGACGGUGGAGGGGCUCGUCCCCCYCGAGAGGCCCUGGCCGUGCUGUACUUUGGGAAGCAGCCCGAGCCCAACAUCACCGAGUACGUGGUGGGGCCGCUGCCGGUGCCGGCGUACCACCGGGACGUGACGGUGCACAAGUACGGCGGGAAGGUGCCCUACCACCGCAGACCGACGCUGGCUGUCGAGUACAAGCAGCUUGGAGUGUUUUUAAAAAGCCAGGUGUUCCCUUCAGCUCCAGCAUUCAUGCAGCAGGUGAUGGAGUACGAUGGAGCCAACCUCGCGGUGAUGACAGCCGCUCCCCGUGGGUUCCAGUCCGGGGAUCGCAUCACCUGGUUCGUGCUGUUUCAGAACGUCAGCGGGUUCUUCGUGCACCCGAUGGGGCUGGAGGUGCUGGUGGACCACAGCAGCCUGGACAUGUCGCAGUGGGCAGUGAGCAGGGUGUUCUACAACGGGCAGUACUACAGGGACAUGGCCCAGCUGGAGAGCGCCUACGUGCAGGGCCGUGUCAGCGUGGAGAAGGUGAGGAAGGCGCCGUGGGACGGGGAUUUCUCCUCCAUGAAGCCUCGGGCACCAUCRGCCGCGCUGUUCCCGCUGCAGUACGAGCCGCAGGGUCCCCGCUACAGCGUCAGGAACAACCGGGUGCUGUUCCAGGGCUGGAGCUUCUCCUUUGGGAUGAGCGUGAGCACGGGCCUGCGGCUGUUUGACGUCCGGCACAAGGGGGAGAGGAUUGCCUACGAGAUCAGCGUGCAAGAGGCGCUGUCUGUGUACGGCUCCAACUGCCCCGGAGGGAUGUCCACGCGCUACAUGGACAACAGCUUCGGCCUGGGGCGCUACACCUCGCCCCUGGUGCGAGGGGUGGACUGUCCAUACCUGGCCACCUACGUGGACACMCACUCAUUGUCACAGAGCCUGAGGCCCAGGAAGAGGAAAGCUUCUCUCUGCAUCUUUGAGCAGAACCUGGGCUCCCCUCUGAGGCGCCACUACUCCAACCUGCAGUCGCUCUAUUACGGGGGUUUGGUCAACUCCGCUCUGGUCAUUCGCUCCAUCGCCACUGUGGGCAACUAUGACUACGUGUGGGACUUCAUCUUCUACCAGAACGGGGCCCUGGAGGGCAAGGUGCAGGCCACRGGCUACCCCAGCUCCUCCUUUCUUCAYGGGGAUGGCCUGAGAUAYGGCAAUAGGCUUUGGGAGCACACGCUGGGCACGAUACACACCCAUUUUAUCAACUAUAAAGUGGACUUGGAYGUGGGAGGGCUGAAAAACUCCCUGGUGGCCCAUGACAUGGCAUUUGAGGUGACACGGGCUCCCUGGAGCCCAGAGCAGCAGAUGGAGCGGCCACGACUCACCAGGAGGGUCCUGGACACGGAGGACCAGGCUGCCUUCCGCCUCCACRCCAAGAUGCCCCGUUACAUCUUCUUCGCGGCCGACAGCGAGAACAAGUGGGGCCACCAGCGUGGCUACCGGAUCCAGAUCACCAGCUUUGCAGGGGAUCACAUCCCCGAGAGCAGCUCCAUGGAGAGAGCCAUCAGCUGGGCAAGGUACCAGCUGGCUGUCACCAAGAGGAAGGAGGAGGAGCCCACCAGCACCAGCAUCUACAACCAGAACGACCCCUGGACGCCCACUGUGGCCUUYGCUGACUUCAUCAACAAUGAGACCAUCACCAACGAGGACCUGGUUGCCUGGAUAACUGCUGGCUUCCUUCACAUCCCACACUCCGAGGACAUUCCCAACACUGUGACCGUGGGAAACUCGGUCGGUUUUCUCCUGAGACCCUACAACUACUAUGACCUGGACCCCUCUAUAUACUCCCACGAUGGAGUGUUUUUCACCAGCGAGCAGGACCUCAAGGCGUGUGAAACCAAUCCUCUUGCCUGCUUGCCCAAAACUGCCUCCUGUGUGCCAAACUUCCCCCCGUUCACCUACGAUGGUUUUCAAAACAUGAGCAGGCUUUAAUGCUACAGGAUGGUGUGAAGAGAUGUGGUCAAAGACACCAGACUGACCUCUCUGUCUCAGAUUUUCAGUGAAAACUUUUAGUUUUUAGUGAGGUUGUCUCAAUUUCCAGUUGUCCRGUGGCUUCACAUUUUAUCGUUGCUUUUGAAAUAGUGCUCUCGAAAAGGGAUGGAUGAUUUUCCUAGCGUGAUGCCACAUGGAGGUCUGUUCUCUGUCGAUUCCUGAAUUUGAGUCUGAGGAAAAUGAGGAGAAAAUCCUGUUCCUCUGCUGUAGAAGCGAGUGCUGUGUAGUGCAUUUUUUUUCAGGUUAAAACAAUGAAAAUGGUG